AUGGCAUUAGAUCGAGCAGUUAAAGGCAAAAUAAAUUUAAAACGAGAUCCUGAACAAGAACAAGCAGUACGAGAAUGGAUUGAAUCUAUUAUAGGCGAAAAAUUUCCAACGGAUGAUUAUGAAGAAGCUCUUCAUGAUGGGAUUAUUCUUUGCAAAUUAAUGAAUAAACUCAAACCUAAUUCAAUAUCAAAAAUUCACGCAACCGGUGGUCCAAUGAAAUUACGUGAAAAUGUUGCUUUUUUUCAAAAUGCUGCACGUGAUUACGGUGUUAAUCAAAGUGAAGUAUUUCAAACGGUUGAUUUAUUUGAUAAACAAAAUAUUCAGCAAGUUACGAUGUGCAUUUUUGCUUUGAAUCGUCUUGCUCAAAAGCAUAAUUUUAGUGGUCCCAAAUUAAAUUAUCAAACAAAAUUACCUACUUAUGACUAA